UUUAACCUCAAACACGCUUCAGGUGUUAGCCAAGCCACGCCCUCCCCCUGUCCUUGAAAGGCCGGGAACGAGGGGGCCCCGUGGGGAUCAUGUGACACCGUGGUGGUCACGUGACACCGGCGUCCAGCGUCUUCUCGCUAGGCAACCGUCCUAGAGCCUGACCCCGCUGCUGCAACAUGAACAUGAUCUACCAACUGGCGGUGCCCAAGGGGCGCCGGAUCUGCUGUGAAGUGUGCGAAGCUCCAGCCGAGCGGGUGUGCCCGGCCUGCACAGUCACUUACUACUGUGAUGUGGUUCAUCAGCAAGCUGACUGGAAAAGCAUUCAUGAGAAGAUCUGUCAGCUGCUGAUUCCGCUGCGCACCACCAUGCCCUUCUACAAUUCAGAGGAGGAGCGGCAGCAUGGCCUCCAGCAGCUGCAGCAGAGACAGAAGCACUUGAUUGAAUUCUGCUACACUGUAGCCCAGAAAUAUAUCUUUGAAGGAAGGUAUAAAGAUGCUGUCCCAGCAGCUUUGCAUUCUCUUCGCUUCCGCAUGAAUGUGUAUGGCCUGAGUUCAGUAGAGCUUGUGCCUGCCUACCUCCUGUUGGCUGAAGCUAGCAUUGGUCUAGACCAGAUCGUCCAGGCUGAAGAAUAUCUAUCCCAAGCCCAGUGGACAGUCCUCAAAUCAACUGAUUGUAGUUAUGCCACCCACUCUUUACUGCAUCGGAACCUGGGACUUCUCUAUAUGGUUAAGGACAACUACGAGGAAGCCCGUUAUCAUCUGGCCAAUGAUAUUUAUUUUGCCAGUUGUGCUUAUGGCACAGAGGACAUCAGGACCUCAGGAGGCUACUUUCACCUGGCUAAUAUCUUCUUUGACCUUAUGAAGUUUGACCUGGCAGACACGCUGUACACCAAGGUCUGUGAGAUCUGGGAUAAAUAUUUGAACAAUCACUAUCAAGUCCUCUUAGAGGCUCGCGUCCAACAAAUAGAUUUACUGGGCAAACGAUUUGAGACUGACACUGGCUUGGAUGAAGCCCAGGAAGCAGAAGCCAUUCGGAUCCUGACUUCAAUCUUAAGCAUUCGAGAGUCUACAUGUAGCAGAGCUCCCCAAAAGAUUGUCUUCGUUCUGAGAAUCCUGGUCAUGCUUUACUACCUGAUGAUGAAUUCUUCAAAGGCACAAGAAUAUGCCACCAGAAUCUCUAAUAUAGCUCAAGAGAAACAGCUCAGUGCCCAAGAACAAAACCUCAUUGAACAAUUACUACGUAUCAUCAACACUGAAGUAAUUUUCCCCGCUCCUUAGUGACCCAUGGAUUCCACGUCAGGGCCUAUUCCAGCGACUGUUGAGCAUCUAACAUAUUCCAGCCUUGUGCAGCUGCUUCGAGGUACUAUGAAUUGCUGAAGUUCCCACCCUCUUGCCCUGUGAUUUCACAUAUAGUGUGUUUUUAUUCUUUCUUGCACAGCAAAUGUAAGGGAAUAUAGAGCUUUGGGCAUAGAAAUCAGUAAAACUUGUUUUUAUCAUGACUUUGUACAACUUUGAGUAACGUGCUAUCAGCUCACUAAUAGGGUAUUUGUAAUUAAACUGCAAACAGUUUUUCAUAUUUCCCAGAAGUCUCCAAGUGAUGCAUGUUCUAUAGAUCUCUACCAGAAAAAAAAGCGGGUGGGGGUAGGAAAUAAGCUAUAUUGGAGCAAAGUUUCCCUAUUCCCUAUUAAGUUAGCAUUAAUUUGAGGUAGUUUGUGAUUAAAAUGUCCACUAUAAUUCCUAGAGUAAUCACCAAGAAAAUUACUCUAAAAAUACUUUAAAAUCAACAAAGGAAUUAAAAUGUACUAGAAAAAAUCCACUUAAUGCAAAAAAAAGGCAGUGAAGGAGAAUGAGCGGGACAAAAAGGACAUGAGGUAUAUAGAAAACAAAUUGCAAAAUGCAGACAUAAAUCAUAGAUCUUUUCCAGAGAAGGCCCCAGGGCCUUGCAAGGUGCCCUAGUACAGAUUGGCUGAGAUACCAUUCCAGGUUGGUGUCUUUGUCUUCCUAGACAGCGAUUUGAGCAGACGUGAGCCAAUUAUACAGUCUAGGGGAGAAGCCCUCUGAAAGAUCCUACAAAGAUCUCACUUUGCUUGUGCCAGGUUUCAUUUGUUGAGUUCAGCCUGCAUAAUGGAAACUGGAUUGUCCUCUUUCCCUGUGAUGUAGACAGAGUGCAGGCCUUGGACUCAGAUGUGAAUGGGUUACAAUCUCAGCUCUUUUACUUAAUAUCUUUGUGACCUUGAUCUCUCCCAUAACCUUAUUCAUUAUUGUUGUAAAAUGGCAUAGAUGUGGCCAUGGCAGUAUCAGCUUGUUUCCUGGAUGACCGUAGUCACUUAACAUAUCUUUUUUUUUUUUUGGUAAUAUUUUUUUUAGUGAUUCUAGGGAGAGUGACUGAGAGAUAGAAGCAUUGAUGAGAGAGAAACAUUGAUCAGUUGCCUCUUGCACGCCCCUUACUGGGGAUCGAGCCUGUAACCGGGCAUGUGCCCUGAUUAGGAAUCUAACCAGGGACCUUUUGGUUCAUGGGUUGAUGCUCAACCACUGAGCCACACCUGCUGGCAACAUAUCUUUUCUUUCUUUUAGCUCCAGGUUUGUCAAACAGCCUGUCCAUUAGCACGCUUAGCUUCCUAGGUAGAUUUGCACUCAGGGAGAGGAUAUGCAAGUCAAGGACCUGUCCGAGAGUUUUUUGUUCCUCACUGUAAAUUAAUUCACUCAGAUACAUAAUAAAAAUAGGCCAGAUUGCCCUGGAAGGUUUGGCUCAGUGGAUGGAGCUUCAGCCUGUGGCCUGAAAGGUCCUGGGUU